AUGAGGAUGCUGAGUGUUUUGGAGUUCUUAGUUCCGUCUGCGGUACAAGACCUGAGCGCAUUUCCAUUGUCUCAUCGGGAAAUUGGCGUUAUAUGGAAGCCGCCGAAGGAAAUCAAUGGAUUUCUGCUCGGAUACAAUUUGUCACACUGUCCAGUGACCCAAGAUCCGAAGGAGGACGCCUAUCUGGUGGACAGUGCUGCCUGUCAGUACAUGUCACUCAGUACGAGCACAGUUUACGACCGAAUUCAUCAGCUGAAGGCAGAGACCAGCUACCGGAUCGAGGUUCACGGCUACACGGCGGCUGGGGCCGGUGAUCUGAACUCCAUUGACGUCAAAACGCUGCCGGAGAACGUCAACCGAGACGACGACUCCACCUCCUGCAACAAACGAUUGGAGGAGUUCGCACAUCAGCUACGUCGCAUUCUGUCUGACAUCGAUACUGGUUCUUGCGCACUCAGUGGCAGCGGCAUUUUACGUCUCCCGUCGCCGGUCGCCUUGUCUGUUCAUGUCGUCUGCAUUCGUCCGUAUGGUUCGCUCGACGAUCCUCAUUUGCCUCCUGUUGCCCCUGCAGAACCAUCGUUGGCCGAAGCUGGCAUCGGCGUCGAUCAUUUGAAUGUGACAUGGGUUCCGGGCACAUACGAUCCGGACAGUCCAACUCCCGUUGGCGACAGGUUCUACUUCAAAUACCGACCAAAAGUGACGUGUGUUCACUGCCUUCCUGGAAGUCUCGAAUGUGAGCCCUUUUUUGAUUACUUGCAUGUUUUCGCGCAGUUCAUACCGAUUCAGUGUCAAGAGGACAUUGCCACCAUUGAGAAAGAUAUGGAUUCGGGACGGACCGUGAUUUACUCUUUUCAUUGCGCGUGCGAACGAUCGUCUAUGGUCACAUACUAA